UUACGAACAGCAAGCAAGCUUGUACAAACGCGGAAAUAUAACAGCAUAGAAUAGCGAAGUGUGUGAAGCGUGCGUGUAGGAGAGAAGAUAUAAGCUAUGAGUUAGUUGGAGUGGAUGGCACCAUAUGUAAAGUUAGUAACGUGAAGAUACGCUGUACUUUGAGAGAGAAGGGGGGAAAACUCGUUUUCUUGUUUCUUAUUUAAUUUCUUCUUGGUAUGAGAAACCGAGAGAGAGAGAAAGAGGGUGACAGGGAAAGCGUGUGAUAGAGUAAGAGAAAGACAAAGUGUGUGAGAGAAUGACAGAAGUGAGAGGAAGAGAGGCAAUGAUUUAACAGAAAGUAAAUGAAAACGGAUGACGGAUAGGACAAAUAUCUAUGUGUAAAUCUCUCUGAAUGUUUGAAUGUUUCAAAAAUCAAAGAGAAUUUAUUGUACAGAAACAAAGGAAACAUGUAUAUAUGUGUGUAUACAUGUAUGCAUCACUUUACAGAGAAAUCAUUGUGUAAGAUAUAAAUUCUUGAAAAGAGCGAGUAGAUGUGUUGCUUUAAUUUUAAUUUUUUUUUAUUAUUUUCUUUUCGUUCUUCUGUGAAACCAGUCAAAUGCUAGCGAUAACAAACAAAAAAGCGAUAGAUAAACAAAUGACAGUGGCAUAUUUGAAAAGAAACGAAAGACAAUAAGUACACAAUAAGUAUACAAAUAUAUACAAACAUACAUACACUCAAACACGUACAUACAUACGUACAUACAUACGUACAUGUAUAUAUAUAUAUAUAUAUAUAUAUAUAUAUAUAUAUAUAUAUAUACACAUACGUAUGUAUGUAUGUAUAUGACAAUACAUGUACGUGAAGAAAACGAAAGUGAAAGUGAAAGUAAACAACAAAAUGUUGAAGAGUGGGUGCCAUGAAAAAAAGAAUAAAAGAAAAGAGAUCAACAAAGUGACGUAUGGAGGAAUGAAAGAAAAAGACGGAAGAACUACAGGCUGCCGCUGCUUUCACUGCUACAACUACUGCUGCUGCUGCUGCUGCUGCUAUAUUAAUUGUUGAUGCGUCUACUGCAGUGUGUGUGCGGUAGGCUGUCAGGACGCGCAUGCAUGCCUGUAUGUAUACGUGCAUGCAUUAUUGACGAAUGCCCCGACACUUGUUCAUCCAUCAGUGUUUUCACCUGUAAGUUUCUCCUUAACGACAGUCUCAGAGGGUAGUGCCGUUGAUUCUGUUGCCGGAGGCACUGAUAAAACUGCAAGUGGUAAAUUUUUUUUUUUCAUUCUGUGAGUGUUGCUGGCGACUGUAUCAGCUGCUUCAUCACCCAUCAAAAAUCGUUCAAGUGGAUGGGCACGCUGUCGUAUUUGGAGAGGCGAAACAGGCCAGCAGGUGAAGAAGAAGAAGAAGAAGGAGGAGAAGAAAAGAACACAGCCAAGUAUCUUAAAAAACAAAAAGAGAAACAUUUUUCAAUGAAUAUAUAUAAACAAUACAAACUGCCACUACAACAACCAACGAACAAAAACAACAACAAAUACAACAACAAUUGCAUUUAUUUAAAAUACUAACAGAGAAUAAAACAAAAAAACCUUCUACCUUCUUACCCAGACUCGGAAGGAUGAAAGUCGAAGUCAAAUCGAGUGUGAUUUAAAAGGAAAACGGUGGCACCAAACUAGAUAGUGUAGGUGGACGUACUACUGUUCCUGCUAGUAACACUACCCUCUCGCUGACUACUACAGGAAAAAAGAUUAAUCGAAAUAUUUAAAAGGUGCCGAUAUUGAUUUCGAACUACUGAAAUUACACAUUUGAAAACAAAAACAAACCUAAGAAUAACUUGCUUAACUCAUCACUGAAUCUGUUUAACGACAUUUCUUUAAAGGAUUCAAAACCGAACCUAUAUCUUGAAAAACAACUAAAAAGACAAGAUAUUAGAAGUGCAAAAACAGGGUUAAAAAAAAGCUGCUGUAUCCUUCAGAAAAACUGAAGAGUGGACAUGACCAAGAGAUCGCAAACAACAGGAAAUGUCUGCUUAAGUGUCAUCGUUCUACCUUGACAGCAGAGUAAAUGUUGAUGGUGUGAGCUACAUUUUGAAGCUGGCCAUGACACACCAAGAUGAAGUGGUAACUCGCAGUAAACCGCAAUGAAAACAAGCGGCAUACUGGAUUGAAUUUUCGGGAAAAGGCUGAAUGACCUUAAAACUCAGAAGGAAACCAUAUACUGAAAAGACAAAAGACAUACCUCAAGAUCAGAAGAAACUUGAUCGAAAAUUUUCUCUAAGUAAAUAUUCUCAACACAAACCUAUCACCAAGCAUUGGAGUAUAUUAGCAUAAAUGAAAAUAAGGCAUAUUUCCUCAUAAGUUUAACCUUUUAAUAGAAAAGCACUACUACUACUACUACUACUACUAAUUAGGGAACCAGUAAUAAUAGUAAGAAUAAGAUAACUUCCGCCAUGGCCAAGUUGUGCCGAUGUGUCAAGCUUAAUGAUCGUUUCGAUGCACAAGUCUUUACGUUUACUUUACCAAAAUCAAUAGUUCGGGAAUUUUCUCCAGAUGUCUUUUCCACAGAAAUUGUGUACGGUUACCACAAAUGGAAUGUGUCAUUCAUAAAGAGUGAAAGACACUUGGGGGCAUACCUUAAAUUGCUGACCUCAACACCCGGCCUGUCAUGUCGCGUGGACUAUGCGUUUACAAUGCUCAACAAAGAUCACUUCACCCGAAACGAGUCUUUCAUGGAAAAGAAUUGUGAUUUUAACGAUGAUAAAUUGACCCAUGGCCGCAAAACGUUCAUUGGAAUACAAGAUUUAAGCAACCGAAACUUCAUGCAAGACAGUGGUGAAUUCCUUGUGGAGCUUGAGAUGCGUAGCAUUGUAUCCACCUUCGAGUAUGACUUAGCUGUACCCAAAGAAGCGUAUUCACGACACUACAUCAACGAAAAGCUUGAAACACCUUAUUUCUCGUUUGGUGUCUUUGACUGGAGUGUAUCGUUGUUUAGUCCUAAUGGGGCGCACUAUACGGAAGGUAAAACAGCUGUCCAACUAAACAGACACACCAGUUUCCAUCAUCUCUGCAAUGUAAAGUAUGAAAUAGCUCUCGGUGAAGAGGAUAUUUACCAAACUGGUCAAAUAACUCAAACACUCGAUACAUCAGGCGUGGGUGACCCACUUAUUGUAGCAGCAACAAUUUUCGAAUUAUCACAGGGACGUAUGGUUGUCCCUGUAAAAGUAACAAUGACAUCUGUGGUGUUAGUCAGCGAAGUGACAAUGGAUGCCCUCGGCCAAAGUCGCAACCGUGCACAUUGUUACGACAGAGACAAACAGGCAUGGAUGCUAGAAGGAGAUACAAGUGGUAAACAUCUCUCUUUCAGACUCUACUACACUGAUAUCUCACAUGUGCCUCGAAAGUUCACGCGUUUUGUAUGCUGGAACGUGAGUAUCAUUCCAUCUGCUGGAAGCAUCGUAGGUAGUAAUACAAGCAAGGCAGUGAAAGCUCUAGAUGGACCAUUCACAAAAUAUUACGUGCAGCAAGACCUUGAUGAAGGCUUUGUCAUGCACACUGAUAUCCCAGUAGAAACACUUUUAGAAAGCAGUGAAGACACUCGCGCACGAAACGCUACCGGGAAACGCUUCAUCCAAAGACUUGCAAACGGGAGGGUAUGAAAUCAAAUAUUAUUA